AUGGUUGCGGCGAAGAAACAAAAAAAGGCCAUUGAGUCAAUCGACUCAAGAUUGGCAUUGGCUAUGAAAUCUGGCAAAUACUGCCUUGGGUAUAAGCAAACCUUAAAAACAUUACGUCAAGGAAAAGCCAAGCUUGUCACUGCCAAAAAUGCUCCUCCACUAAGAAAAUCUGAAAUUGAGUAUUACGCUCUUUUGGCAAAAACAGGAGUACACCACUACAGCGGAAACAAUAUUGAAUUUAGUACAGCAUGUGCUAAAUAUUAUAGGAUAAUCACAAAGGCCAUUAAUGACCCUGGUGAUUCAGAUAUUAUAACUACAUUGCCUGAAGCAAUAGCAACAGCUUAUAACUAA